GUGCCACGUUACUUGGGCAACCUGCCCUUCAGAGUCUGGAAGAAGAUGCAGGACAUGGUCCAGAACACGCCUGUGAUUCUGGAUCCAAACACGGCUCAUCCACGUCUCGUUCUGUCUGAUGAUCUGACCAGUGUGAGAGUCAGCGGUUAUCAACCUGUUCCUGAUAAUCCCGAGAGAUUUGACUGGUAUCCCUGUGUUCUGGGUUCAGAGGGUUUUAACUCAGGAACACACUGCUGGGAUGUGGAGGUUAAACAGAGUAAACACUGGAGUCUUGGAGUAACUACAGCAUCAGACGAAACCUACGCCAGCACGGGCUGUCCCCUCGAACUCCUGGUUAUCCGAUGUUCUUCGUGA